AAGGAAACGUGAAGCUAGCGGAUGUCCUGUAGCUCAUUUAAGCUUGAUCAAGGCUUGAGCAGUGAGAAGGCAGGACUAAGCUGGUCCGCAGGGAGGCUGGAGAGUGGGUGAGAGGUAAAGAAGGGCUGACGGUGAACUGAAUGGUCAUCAGUCAUGGAGAAUGAAAUCACUUACAUGGAUGUAAAGAUUGCACCCAAGGGAAAACGCAGUCAUCCUUCUCGAGGUCCCAGGUCUCAGCAACCUGUAUGGUAUGUGGCCACCGUUUCCCUGGGGAUUGCUGCACUUUCGCUCCUGGUUACCAUUGUGUACCUGAACAUCUGUAAGGUACACAAAAUGAAGUGUCCCAAUGUUUCCUGUGGAGACAGUUCUAGGAACAUGACCUCAAAAAGGCUUGCAGUCCUGAAGGCGGAGCUAUGUGCUGGCCAACAGGGUGCCGUGUGUGAGCUCUGCCCCCCAGGGUGGCAGUUGAACAGAAGCCGGUGUUACUACUUCUCAGGAGAGAAUCAGAGUUGGGAGGCCAGUGACAGUGACUGUCUCAAUAGGAAAUCCUGGCUCCUGGUCCUGGAGGAUGAAGCUGAAGUGGACUGGGUCUCUAAAAUGAGGCCAAAAGAUGACUAUUUCUGGAUCGGGUACAAGUAUAACCAAACUCAGAGACAGUGGACAUGGUUGGUCGACUCUGGAUUCUCCGGAUACAGUACUCGGCCCCGCAGUGUCGGGGACUGGAUUUUGACACUUCCCCCUCCGGGCUCUGGGGUCCAGGAGACAUCCAACCCCAGCACCUUGCCUCUGCUCAACACUCAAGUCCUGAACCUUGGCCAUGUGGUGGCAGUGACCCAAAAAGGCUGGACCCAGUGUGCUCCACCAGGAAAAGUGAUUGCUGAUGUCAGUGACGACUGAUUGGCUGCAGGAACAGAUUGAUGGCCAAGCACCCAGUGGAAGACCGGAGAGGGAUUUGUGCUGGUGUGAUUUGUGAUGGAGGAGGGAAUAUGUAAAUUAAUAAAGAUGGAAGGGGUCAGGGGCUGAUACCUUCUCAGCCCCUGGACUCAUGGAUAUGAGUUAGGAUCUUUUGGGAGGGAGUGGAAAUAAAAGCGUGUUUAGAUUAAUAAA